GCCAUCUUAAGUCAGUUGAUUUUCGAUCGCGGCUUAGCUUAAACGGAAACGGAGAAUACCAUCACCGCAAAGUAGGAAGUGUCUGUGUCUGAAUUGUUGCGUCAAAUUCGAGUCGAAAUUUUAAGCGCAUUCAAAACGAAAAUAAAAAAUAUAAAAACUUUCAACAUGAAACGCUUCCAGACAAGUAUCCUAAUUGUUAUGGGAUUGAUAAGUCUUGCUCAUGCUGCUGCAGUUGGUGAACCAGAAUGCCCUGAGAAAAAAGGAGUACAAGCUUAUGCGCACACGGAAAAUUGUGAUCAAUUUUUCUUGUGCACAAAUGGAACGUUGACUUUGGAAACUUGCGAAAAUGGAUUGUUGUUUGACGGUAAAGGAGCUGCACACAACCACUGUAACUAUAAUUGGGCAGUUGAUUGUGGUAACCGACAUUAUGAUCCUACACCAAUUUCCACACCCGGCUGUGAAUAUCAAUUCGGUAUCUACCCCAUUUCACCUGAAUGCUCUACCAGCUACAUUAAGUGUGAAUACGGUGAACCACACCAACUUGAAUGUGAUGCCGGUUUAGCUUAUGAUGACAGAAUCCACGGAUGCAACUGGCCUGAUCAACUUUUGGAGAAAUGCAACCCAGAAGCCGUUGUUGGUUUCAAGUGUCCAACCAAAGUCGCACCUGAUUCAGUAGCUGCUCGUUUCUGGCCAUUCCCACGUUUCCCUGUGUCCGGCGAUUGUCAUCGAUUGAUUACAUGCGUUGAAGGUCAUCCACGAUUGAUCACAUGUGGUGAAGAUAAGGUCUUCGAUGAGAAUACACUAACUUGUGAAGAUCCAGAAUAUGUUCCAAAUUGCAGAAGCCACAAGAAAUAAAUCACUUUCGUUUGUUAAGAAAGUGAAAUAAAUCUUGAACCAUUUCUUCACUUUGUACAAAGAAAAAAUUUCUAAUUCAAUUCUCUACCUACUACUCUUCAGCGGACUAAUUCCUCAAAUAUCGCCUAUAAUUUGAAUGUAAAGAUUGUAUUCCUCUUCUUUCUUGUGUUUGUUUUGUUUUUAAAUAAUCUUAGAUAUUUUUGUUGUUUUAUUAUUUUUUUUGAAGAAGAAGUUUGUACAUAUAGAUUGGCUUUGUUUACUGAAAUUGAUUAAAUAAAUUGUUUAUUUAUAAAUAA